AUGGUUCCAGUUUUUGUUUUGGAGGGUAAUGGCGACGGGCUUGCGCAAGUGGAUGAGUUCCUGCGAUACUCUCACGCUAUUGUUUUGGAAAUUCACCUAGCACUUCCACCAGCGGCGGGUCGGCGAUAUUCGGCGACAGCCUCGUACAUGAUUUCUUUCGAGACUGACCGGAGCUCUACUUCAGCGAGGGAGCAGUUAUCUGUUGCGAUCGCUCGGCCUGUUACGAGAGUUCAAGCUGUCGGCCAAUACCGCCAGAACUUCCACGUUGUCAUUGCCGGCUCGAACGGCUACGACAAGACUUUGUUCCAGCAAGCUGAGCAGGUCAGCGGUUACAACGCCGCCGUCAACAUCACCAAUCAGGCCAUCACCAAGGCUCGGGCCUACUACCUCGGCUCCGAAUUCUUUGCUGGUCCCUACGACGCCACUCUGUGCGGUUACUACGCUACUGCCCAGACUGCCGCAAACAAGCAGUACGCCAAGCAGAACGGCUUGAAGACAUACCAAGCCGCCAACUCCUUCAACGCCUACUACGUCUACAAGAACGCAUAUGCUCGGGGAACUUACUGCAACCUGUACAAGCAGGAAGUUGAUGCUAGCUACGCUGGAAGCGCUGACACCACCACCGGUGGUAACAGCUACACUGUCGGUAGUUCGUGGGUUUACAAUGCUAGCCCACAGGACCCAGGCACUUUGUAG